GGCAAGAGCUUCACCAAGAAGUCCGAGCUCAACAGGCACAGCCACACCCACACUGGGGAGAGACCCUAUGUCUGUGACAAGUGCAGCAAGAGCUUCACUCGGAGCUCCCACCUCACCGAGCACCGCCGCACCCACACUGGGGAGAAGCCGUACAUAUGUGGUGACUGCGGUGAGAGCUUUAGCGAGAAGUCCAGCCUCACCCAUCACAUACAGACGAGAGCCUUCACCCACAAGUCCACCCUCACCCAUCACAUACGGACCCACAGUGGGGAGAAGCCCUUUGCCUGUACUGAAUGUGGGAAGGGUUUCACCCAUAAAUCCUAUCUGACCGUGCAUCGCCGCACCCAUAGUGGGGAGAGACCCUAUGUCUGUGACAAGUGCAGCAAGAGCUUCAUCCAGAAGUACAAACUCACCCAGCACCGCCGUAUCCACACUGGGGAGAAGCCCUUUGCCUGUGACAAAUGCAGCAAGAGCUUCACUCGGAGCUUCCACCUCACCCAGCACCACUGCAUUCACAAUGGGGAGAAGCCAUACAUCUGUGGUGACUGUGGUGAGAGCUUCACCAAAAAGUUCAAUCUUACCCGGCACAUGCAGACUACACCAGGGAGAAGCCCUUUGCCUGAGACACCUGCAGCAAGAGCUUCAGGAACAGUUCCCACCACACCCUGCACAUGUGCACCCACACCAGGGACCAUCCUGUACCGGGGGACACAAAUACACCGACCUCAGUGCUCCCCGGAUGAAUGGGACCCCCCUUAG